UACAUUCUUAAACUGGUGAGUGAACUUUGCAGUUUGGCAGUUUUCCCCCCGUGGAACUCUUGGCCAGGACUGCGCCUGAGAGUCACAACUAAUGAAAGGCACUCGCAAGAGAAGCGAUCGGGCCAGCCUGCUGCUUUUUCUCUCCACCUUGCGGAUUCUCUGCCCUCCUUUUUUCUUCUUCUUCCUGCAACUGUCAGCGAAGGGAGAGUGGGAAAAUUCCUUCGAGCUACUUUAACUCCGGGUUGACUGUGGGAUCCAAACAUGCACACUGAAGUUUGGGCGCAGCCCUUGCUAGUGCCGCUGAUUCUAAUUCUGCUCUCGAGUGCAUUGCUACAGACUGUGAGCCAGGCGACUGGCGUGUGUCGACUGUCUGCCGAGUCGUCGCUGCGUCGGUGCCGGACGCCCGAUGGCAACAUCUGCAGCGCGAGGGGCAAGUGCGACUGCGGCGUGUGCGUGUGCCAGGCGUCCGAUCCAGGAAAAUUCUAUGGGCCUCGCUGCCAGUGCCAUGACUGGGUCUGUGCCACACACAAUGAAAAAAAUUGUAAUGAUCACGGCUACUGCGACUGCGGGAAGUGCGAGUGUGACGACGGCUGGUUCGGAGAGGCCUGCCAAUUCCAAGAGGAGUGCAACCUUUCGGCUAAGAAGAGCAGGGAGCAGUGCAGAAACCCGCAGGGCGUCUUGUGCUCCAACAGAGGGACUUGCCACUGUGGCAGCUGCAUGUGCAACAACAAGGACAACAAGAGCCUGGUGACGGGACGCUUCUGCGAGUGCGACGACAGCGAGUGUCUGGACGAGGACACCGGUGACGUUUGCGGAGGCCACGGCCAGUGUUACUGUGGCAACUGUUACUGUGCUGCUGGUUGGCAUGGCGACAAAUGUGAAUUCCAGUGCGACAUCAGCCCGUGGGAGAGCAAGCGCAGAUGCUCAUCGCCAGACGGCAAAAUCUGCAGCAACCGAGGCACAUGUGUGUGCGGGGAGUGCAGCUGUUAUGACGUGGAUCCGUCCGGCGACUGGGGCGAUAUUCACGGCGACACCUGCGAGUGCGACGAAAGGAACUGCCACGCCACCUACGACCGAUACACUGAUGACUUCUGCUCAGGUCACGGCCAGUGUCACUGCGGCAGGUGCGACUGCAAGGACGGCUGGACCGGAAGGAAGUGCGAGCAUCCGCUCUCUUGCUCCGUGUCUCUGGAUAGCAGCCUGAAGAAGUGCCGGGGAACGUCCAGACUGCCCUGUUUCGGACGAGGUCAGUGCCAGUGCGGGCAGUGUACUUGUCACCCACCUGGGGACAGUCGAGUUCACGGCAAGAACUGCGAGUGCGACGACCGGCAGUGCGAGGACCUCUCCGGGGAAGUGUGCGGAGGUCACGGAUACUGCUCGUGCGGGCGCUGCAUCUGCCAGGAGGGUUGGUUCGGCAAGCUGUGCCGCUUCCCCAGAUCAUGUGACUUAAGUGACGCCCAGAGCAAGGAGCAAUGCGAGACCGCCGAUGGAGUCGUCUGCAGUGGCAAAGGUUCCUGUCACUGUGGCCAGUGCAUCUGUUCCAGCAAAGACUGGUGGGUUUCCGGAGAGUUCUGCGAGUGUGACGACAGAGUGUGUGACAAACACGAUGACCUCGUGUGCACAGGGAACGGACUGUGCAACUGCGGCACCUGCGAGUGCUGGGACGGCUGGACCGGCAACGCUUGCGAAAUCUGGGUCGGGGCCGAGUACUGACACCGCGAUGACCACCAUGAAGAAGCAAAACAAUUGGACUUGGUUUUAUGUCUUGUAUUGUACUGGUUACAAGCUUUUGUUUGCAAAAUUGGGUUUACACCAAACUUCUGAUACAUAAACAUUUAUUUGUGUUUUUUAAUAAGGUACCUAUAACAGCUUAUAUGCAAAAUCGGAUGCAAGUCGACAAAUUCACAUGAACGAGGCAAUAGAGGCAGACACUUUGCGUUGUUUGAGCUUUUUUAUUUCUUUUUUCUUUUUUUUUAAAUAAUAAAACAUUAACUGUGCCGCAUGACACGACAUUUGCAUGGAAAACAAUGCGAAUAAGACCUUAACAUACAUAGAUGGUUACAAAUUUGGUAACAUGACAUAACUCCAAAUGGGCAUACUUGCAAUGGUAUAUAGUGUUAUAUAUUUGUUUUUAAAAAAUAAAUCAUUUCAAUAGUGA